AUGGCGAAGAAGCGAGAGGGCCGCAUCGCCAUCGGCUGCGAAGGCUCCGCCAACAAACUCGGCAUCGGCAUCAUCCACCACGCCGGCCCCGUCGCCAACCCCACCGUGACCAUCCUCUCCAACGUGCGACACACCUUUGUCUCCCCGCCGGGUACCGGUUUCCUCCCCAAAGACACGGCCAAGCACCACCGCGCGCACUUUGUCCCCGUCGCCCUCGACGCCCUCGCCAAGGCCGGCGUCUCCCGGACGAGCGUCGCCGUCGGCGCCCGCGCCCUCGCCCUCAUGUGGGGCAAGCCCCUCGUCGGCGUCAACCACUGCGUCGGCCACAUCGAAAUGGGCCGCGCCAUCACCGGCGCCGAUAACCCCGUCGUCCUCUACGUCAGCGGCGGCAACACCCAGGUCAUCGCCUACGCCGAGCGCCGCUACCGCAUCUUUGGCGAGGCCCUCGACAUCGCCGUCGGCAACUGCCUCGACCGCUUCGCCCGCACCCUCAAUAUCAGCAACGACCCCGCCCCCGGCUACAACAUCGAGCAGCUCGCCAAGAAGGGCACCCGCCUCCUGGACCUGCCCUACACCGUCAAGGGUAUGGAUUGCUCCUUUUCCGGAAUCCUUGCCUCCGCCGAUCUCCUCGCCGCCCAGAUGAAGGCCGACCUUGCUGCCGGCAGGGAAACCUUUACACCGGAAGACCUCUGUUUCACUCUCCAGGAGACCGUCUUCGCCAUGCUCGUCGAAAUCACCGAACGCGCCAUGGCGCACGUGGGAAGUAGCCAAGUGCUCAUCGUGGGAGGCGUCGGGUGCAACGAGAGGCUACAGGAUAUGAUGGGCGCCAUGGCUAGGGAUAGGGGUGGCAACGUCUUCGCCACAGAUGAGAGGUUCUGCAUAGAUAACGGCAUCAUGAUUGCCCAUGCAGGUUUAUUAGCUUACGAAACAGGGUUUCGCACGCCCUUGGAAGAUACCACAUGUACGCAACGGUUUAGGACGGACGAAGUGUAUAUCGAGUGGAGGGACUGA